AUGAAUAUAAUUGAAUUAAUUUCUACGAUUAUCGGUAUAAUAAUUGAAUUCAUACAAAAUGCUUUCGGUUUGAGAAAUAGAUGCGAUAGUAAACGUCAAUUGACCGGACAGUUAGUUGUGAUUACCGGUGCCAACACUGGUAUCGGCAAAGAGACAGCACUUGAUUUAGCAAAACGUGGAGCAAAAAUAAUUAUCGGAUGUCGGGAUGAAUCGAGAGCCGAGUCGGCCAUCAAAGACAUUAAGAAAAUUUAUCCGAAAGCAGACAUCAGAUCAGCGAAACUGGAUUUGUCUUCACUGGUGUCGGUCCGCGAGUUUGCCCAACGUUUGGCACACGAAGAGACCAAAUUGGAUAUAUUGAUCAACAAUGCAGGCGUCGGAAUGAUACCCGAUAUGAGAACCAAUGAGGACGGGUAUGAACUGGCAUUUGCCACAAAUCAUUUGGGUCAUUACUUGUUAACCUUAUUACUGUUGCCGUUACUCCGGGAGGCGCCACGUGCUCGGGUAGUCAAUGUGUCGUCACUGGUUCACAAGUUUGGCAAAAUUUACUUUGAAAACAUUCAUCUGCGAAACGGUGCCUAUGAAAUGAACAGGGCUUACGCCCAAAGCAAGUUGGCUAACAUACUGUUCACUAGAGAGUUGGCCCGUAGGCUGGGCCGCGAGUCUACGGUCACUGUCUAUGCAUUGCAUCCGGGAAUCAUUGCCACUGAGUUUUUGCGAUACGACGAUUCGCCAAUCAGGCGGAUGAUCAACAAACUGAUGAUCCGUUUUAUUGGUCUGACACCCGAUUUGGGCGCUCAGACCACACUCUACUGCGCUGUUGACGAGUCACUCGACAACCAAACCGGACAUUACUAUGAUAAUUGUCGUCGCAUUGAUUCGCUGUUAUCUCAUGUGACAGACAACAAGUCCGCCGAAAAACUAUGGGAUUUAAGCUCCGAUUUGGUUAAACUCGACCCUCAAUACAAUAUACCUUCAAAAUAAUAAUAACUUUCAAUAAAUUUGAUUUUUAUUAUUU